ACAUUAUUUUGACAUAGAUAUAGUAUACGUGUUUAUGUGGAUAGAGAUAUAACACAUCAUAUAUGUAUGCAUACCUGUGUAUGUGUAACCAUAUAUCUAGCAUUUUUGUGAACAGUGUCUUCUAAACUGAAUCAUGGAGAACAAAGCAGCUGUUGUUACGGGUUCCACCAGUGGUAUAGGAUUAGGAGUAGCUCAUCAUUUUGCGGCAAGAGGAUGCCAUAUCAUUUUGACUGGACUUGGAGAACAAGCAAUUAUCGAUAAUCUCGUGAAAGAAUUUAAAAAACAAUAUCCAACAAUCAAAGUAAAUUAUGUACCAUGUGAUUUACUUAAAACGGACGAGAUAUCCGAAUUUUGUAAAGCCGUGAAAAAAUUAUAUCCUGACGGAAUUGAUAUUCUCGUUAAUAAUGCUGGUAUACAGUAUACUGCUCCUAUAGAAGAUUAUCCGAAAGAUAAAUGGGACAUGAUGAUUGGGAUAACGAUGACUGCGCCAUUUCUGUUAAUUAAAGAAUUUGUUGCUGAUAUGAAGCGAAAAGGUUGGGGAAGGAUAAUCAAUAUGUCUUCACAGAUGGGUGUAAUAAGUUCUCCUGAAAAGGCUCCUUAUAGUGCAGCAAAAGCUGGUCUUAUUGGGAUGACAAAGGGUGUAGCAUUAGAAGCAGCUCCACAUGGGGUGACAUGCAAUGCCAUAUGUCCCGGAUAUGCCGAUGCCCCAAUUUUUCAUAAUCAGAUAAGAUCAUAUGCGCAACAGCAUAACCUUAGCUUUGAUGCAGCAAUGACUGAAAUAUUCAAAACAGCUCAUCCGACCCAGAAACCAGUAACCAUAGAGCAGAUAGCAGAACUAGCUGUAUUUCUAUGUUCUUCUGGUGCUGACAGUAUUACGGGUGCUUCUUUGUUAAUGGAUGGAGGAAAUACAAUCCGAUAAAAAAAACCACAACAGGAACAGGAAUUAGAAUUGUACAUAAACACAAUCGAAGAAAUGUUUACAGAAGCAACUCUCCAUGGGUCUUUAAAACGGCUUAGAAAAUAUAUUUACAUUCUCGAAAAUUAUGCUUGCUAAAGAUGCACAUAUAGAUUGUUUUUAUAACAGUGAGGUUAUUUGUUGAUCAAAUUAAAUAUAACAUGCAAUCAUAUUACACACUUUUUAUUUA